UACGUACAAUUUUUUUCCUUGAAUUUCGAAGGCCCACUGAUUAGUAAUCAGUGAUUACUUAUGCGCUGAUAUUACUUAUGUAGCAAUGUGUCUCUAUGUAAAAUGCAUUUGUUAAGUAGCUAAAAUAGCUGGACUGUCAUGGAAGCGGUGAUUAGUAAACACAAAUUAUUGAUGUUCCAGGACUGCCUGCCAUCUAGCCAUUCAGAUCUACCCGAAAUGAUUGCUGCUUCCCCACCACAGCAUAUCGCAGAGAAUGUACCACAAAGUGGAGAAUCUGGUAGCCAAAACUACGCAAAUGAAGCGGGCUUGUGUACCCAAGAGCAGCUCAAGAGAGAAACGUCACCUUGGUAUUCCCGAUUUGGAUCGGAGGAUGUGAUUAAUAAUACUGAUUUACAGCAAGAUGCGACAAAGCAAAAUUCAUAUUUUCCACCGCCGGAAUGCACGCCCGAAUUGAUGCCGGAAGUUGGACGAAACGGAGGUGGAGCUUUUUUAGCUUGCAAAGAGGAAAACUUGGAGACUAGUCUCCCUGUACAUAACAGGACAACCUUUUUCAGCGCUCUUCUCAAAGACCGACAAUCGGGAAGUGAUUCUGUGGAUGCCGAUUCUCAACAGUUUAACGAACUUUUCAGAAUAAAGGAUCUGUGCGAUUCUGAACGUGAUGUGAAUCCAAUGUUAGCAGAUGGCAUCGUUAAUAAUAAUGAUGGUCGUGAAAUAGAAUACGCACUGCAUACGGAAAAGCUUAAUGAUCAACCAAAUAACGCCGAAUUAUUUAGUCCAAAUCUUCCAGAAACGGAUAGCAAAAUCGAAAUAUCCCGAGAAAUAUUAUGGGUUCCUAAGAAACGAAAAAGCGUAAGAAAGAGGCAUGGAGACUCAACUAUUGCAGGGAGUCAACUACUGAGGAAUGAUGAGUCCACUAUUAAGGAUCUGGAGUUUUACCCCGGGCAGUUUAGGUAUCCGGAAAUGUGUAAGCAUCUUCGUCGUCCCACGAGUACAUGGAAAAAGUGGGAAAUUAAGGAGAAGGUGGAUGCGAUUCGCUGGUUGAAAGCGUACCCGGAACACUUUACGGAAGAAACGCUAAAGGAAUGGGAAAUGCCGGACGAACGGUUUUGGCCGGUUUUUGUUGAUGGAAUUUGGCAGUGCCCUCGACAGCCGAUAUGUGGUAAACCGAUAGGAAAGGGCAAAACCGAGUACCAAACUCUGAAAAUUGCAGACAGUGUGGACUCAACUUGUAGUGACACCAGUUCAUCUGACUCUGAAGCAGAACAGGGAGUUGCAGAAUUUCAGAAUACGAAACCUGUGGCAGGCGAAAAGACAGAUCAGCUGCCGGUUUACCGGAAACCAGUCAGUCUCCGGGACGCAGUUCUGUAGCUGUUCAACAACAUAGCGUACAUUUCACAACAGGCAGUCGGUGCAAGCGCAACCGUGAUGCGGAUGAAAUGUUAGAAGGUGUACGCCAACAUACACCAGCGCUCCUUAAAAGACAAAAGAGCAAAAAGGAAAACACGCAGGAAACGGAGACUUUUCAAUAGUACGCACCGCACCCAGAGCAAAAGCGUUUUCGUCGUUUAUCACCUACAACUGCAUGGCCAAAGUGGACUAUGAAUAUGAAGGUGCUUGCGGUUCGCUGGUUAAAAGCGUUUCCCGAGCAGUUGAGUGACGAGACGGUAAAAGCGUGGGAAAUGCCGGACGAAAGAUUCUGGCCGGUUUUUAUUAACGGCGGUUGGCAGAUUCCUGGUCAGGCGCCGUCUGCUGAACCGACAGAAAAGGAUAAUAUCGCGUCUGGAACACCGAAAGACGCGCAACAUGCGGAAGCAUUUGGG